AUGGAAUGCAGCCUCUACGAUCGUAUAAUCAACCAAACGAAACCCUUCUUAGAAUCUGAGAUUCGAAACAUGUGUUUUCAAAUUCUUCAAGGUGUUGCACACAUUCCCCAUCAAGGCUACGUUCACCGUGACCUUAAACCUUCAAAUCUUCUUGUUUCCAAGAAUGUGAUAAAGAUCGGUGACUUUGGUUUCACCAGCGAGUGUAGUAGUCACUCACCAUUCACCCAUAAUGUUACAACCCCUGCGUAUCGUGCCCCAGAGGUUUUUCUUGAAUCUCUGGUGUAUGAUAUUGCGGUUGAUAUAUGGGCUAUGGGUGUAAUCAUGGCGGAAUUACCCUCAAACCGUUGUUUCAAGGUUGUUCUGGAGCCGAUGUAA